AUGAAGGCUGCUCUCUUCAUCGCUGCUGCCGGCCUCGCUGUCGCUCAGGAUCUCAGUGGCCAACCCGAGUGUGCUCUCAAAUGUCUUAAGGAAUUCAUCCCCAAGGCCGGUUGCGAGCUCGACGACACCGCAUGCCAAUGCGAGUCCUCUUUCCAAACCAAGCUCGCUCCCAUCAUCACACCCUGCUUGACCGAAUCAUGCCAGGUUGAAGACCUCCUCAAGGCUCAGCAGGCUGCUGUCGAUGCCUGCAAGGCCUACGCCGCCACCGCUGGCGCCGGCUCCACCACUGUCGUUCCCACCGAGAGUCUCGGCUCCGUCACCGUCAGCAUCGACACCUCCAUCACUGGCUCUGCCAGCGUUCCCGCCAUCUUCUCAAGCAUCCCUGAUGAGAAGCCCAUUCCUCCUGUUACUCCCCGUCCCGGUAACGGAACAAUGACCAAGACCAUGACAGAGGGAGGUGGAUCCGGAGGAGGCGCUGUCACACCCACUGGUACUUCCGGCGGCGGCGGCGGCAGCGGCAGCACCGGUGGUGCCAGCAGCGUUCCCACCGACGCUGGUGCUGCUGCCGUUGGCCCUGCCAUGGGUCUUCUCGCCAUUUUUGCUGCUGCCAUUGCUCUGUAA